AUGGGCAAAUUGUGCAAAAUUUUUAAGAUAGGUGAUGAUGGUGGUGGCAGUGAUAGCAGUUCAUCUAUCAAAGUUAUCAUUGGUGGAAAAAAAGUGGUAUUAAAAGUGGAGAAAGAUGAGGAUUUUGUGAUGCCAUCAAGAGUGAAUCGAUGCUUGAAAUAUAGCAUUUUCACACUUAGCUAUUUCCUUCUUCUAUUUUCUAUCGGUUUAUUAACACUUGCUAUUUGGGCGCAAACAGCUAAAUCUGGCAUAUUAUUUAAUUUGAAUAAAAUUGAUCCCAAGAAUAUUGCUCUAUUCUUGGAUCCAACAGUUCUCAUCACUGUUACCGCUAUCAUUAGCAUAAUAAUCAGUUUCUGUGGAACUGUUGGAAGUUUACGAGACAAUUGCUUCUAUUUGAUGAUUUAUGUAUGCAUGCUAGGUUGGAUGAUAAUAACUUAUUUUAUGCUAAUUAUAAUGGUAAUAUUCAAUGGUCGUGUAUUAUUGAAUGUAAUUGAGAUAACAAUUGAGGAUGCUGUGAUACUGUAUCGCGAUGAACCGGAUUUACAGCUAUUAAUUGAUUGGAUACAAAUUAAUCUGAAAUGUUGUGGUGCAUGUUCACCUCAUGAUUGGAAUGAUAAUAUCUAUUUCAGCGAUAGAAGCAUGCUAAAAACAUAUGGCUCGUUAGAAGCCCAUGGUGUACCCUUUUCAUGUUGCAAAAAAACGAAAUCAACCACAUCACUUUCAAAUAUGUACUGCGGUUUGAAUGCUCGUAAACCGCCACCAUUUAAAGCAUUGGAUGAUAAAGGCCUAUUCUUGCGAGAUGAUAUCCAUCAGAAAGGAUGUAUCGAAAUGAUCAAAGAAUUUCUAAUCAACAAUAUGUUAUACAUUGCGCCAGCUGUCUUCAUUUUCCUUACAAUUCAAUUACUUUGUCUUUUUUCUGCAUGUGUCUUGCAAAAGCAAAUUUUUGAGCAACGUCAAGAUUGGUAUGACACUCAAAAAUUAAAAGUUUUUGUUUAUAAUUAG